CAUUUACUUCGAAAACGUAGGAGGAAAAAUGCUAGAUGUGGUGCUUCUAAAUAUGAGAUUGCAUGGUCGAAUUACAGCGUGCGGAAUGAUCUCACAGUACAAUCUUAGCCAGACUGAAGGUGUACACAAUAUGAUGAACAUUGUUUUUAAGCGGAUUCAAAUGAAAGGAUUUUUCGCCACCGAUUACUUUCCUAACUAUGCAAAGUUUUUGGACGUUGUGCUCCCUUUGAUCCGAGAAGGGAAGAUUGUUUAUAUUGAAGACAUUGCUGAAGGUCUUGAAAAUGCUCCUGCUGCUCUUGUUGGUCUUUUUACUGGACGCAAUGUUGGGAAACAAGUGGUUGCUGUUUCCAAGGAGUAAUGUUUUUCAAGCCUUCUUUCAAUUGUAUUAUCGU